UUUCCGGUGCGCUUCACGCUCACCGCCGCAGUCACACGCGCUUGGCGGGAGUCACUGAAGUUCACAAACUCGCUUUCCUCUUUCACUUUCAGCUGAUAUUUUAUGAAUAUAAUUUUCAGUCAGAGGUGGUUUGUAGUCUCCAGUGAUCAUGCCGUCCAGUCUGGGCUCCAGCAGUCCAGCCGCAGUUCUUCAGGAGGCUUUGGAAAACUCCAGCCGCUUGAUUGACAGGCAUCUGCAGGAGGAUCGUUGUUUCCCAGACCUGUCCGAGCUCCUCAAUAUCCCGUCACACAAUAUGCCUUCGCUCUCGGGCGUGUCGGACAUGGAUUACCCUCUGCAGGGACCGGGGCUGAUCAGCGUGCCGAGUCUUCCUGAGCUCAGCGCCAUCCGCAGGGUUCCUCUGCCUCCGGAGCUCGUCGAGCAGUUCGGUCAUAUGCAGUGCAAUUGCAUGAUGGGAGUUUUCCCAGAAAUCUCCAGAGCGUGGCUCACCAUCGAUAAUGACAUUUUUAUGUGGAAUUAUGAGGAUGGGAGUGAUGUGGCGUAUUUUGACGGGCUCAGUGAAACUAUACUGUCAGUUGGACUGGUCAAACCUAAGCCAGGUAUUUUUCAGCCUCACAUCCACUUCCUGUUAGUGUUGGCCACACCGGUGGAUGUCGUGAUCCUGGGCUUGAGCUUCCCAAAAGCCCAUACAGAUCCUGUUGUCCAAAUUGCUGUUGAUAAUUCAAGGAACAUUUUAUACACGCGUUCGGAGAAGGGCGUCCUGCAGGUGUAUGAUCUCGGCGCUGAUGGGCAGGGAAUGAGUCGAGUCGCUGCUAUGUCUCAGAGCUCCAUCGUCUCAGCGGCUGGAAACAUCGCCAGGACGAUCGACCGCUCCGUGUUCAAACCCAUUGUUCAGAUCGCAGUAAUUGAUCGCCCAGAGUCGUCAGACUGUCAGCUGUUGGCCGUCACUCAUGCUGGUGUGCGUCUUUACUUUAGCACCAUCCCUUUUGCUCCUCCGAACGCCAAACACAUCUCGGCCCGGCCCUGUGUGCUGGUGCUGGUGCAUGUGCGUCUGCCACCCGGAUUCUCUGCGUCCUCCACCCUCCAGAAACCGGCUAAAGUUCACAAGGCUCUCUACAGUAAAGGAGUUCUGCUGAUGGCCGCGUCUGAGGCAGAAGACAGCGACGUUCUGUGGUGCAUCAACCACGAUUCCUUUCCCUUUAAAAAGCCCCUCAUGGAAGCUCAGAUGACGGUGAAUGUGGACGGUCACUCGUGGGCUCUGUGUUCAAUCGAGGAAACCAAAUCUCCCAGAAUCCUCACUCCUCUCAAUAAAGAUCUCAUUCCAGUCACUGACUCUCCUCUGGUCGUUCAGCAGCACAGCGUCCCGCCGCAGACGUUUGUUCUCCUGUCCGCUCAGGGGAGUCACAUCUUCCACAAGCUGCGGCCGGUGGAUCAGCUGCGCCACCUGCUGGUGAGCAGCGCUGGAGGAGAGAGCGAGGAGAUCGAGAGGUUCUUCAAGCUGCACGGGGAAGGGCAGGCGUGUGCCACGGCGCUCAUCUUGGCCUGUUCCUCAGCAGCGUGUGAUCGAGAGGUUUCUGUAUGGGCCACACGAGCCUUCUUCAGGUACGGUGGAGAGGCUCAGAUGCGUUUCCCAUCUGCCAUUUCUGCCCCCAGUAACGUCGGCCCGCUCUUCAGCUCCCCUGUACCAGGAUCCCCAAUGUCUGUCGGCAGCCCCCUACCAAACCCCAGUUUUCUUGCCACACCUGCGCCAGGCAUGUUCCCGCCGACCGUGUCGACGCCUUACAUCCCAGCGACUCCCAUGAGCGGCAUGGUGUCGUCUGGACCCGAGGUCAUCUUCUCUGGAAAACACAACGGCAUCAGUAUCUACUUCACGCGUAUACUGGGGAACAUCUGGGAUGGGAGUCUUUCGAUGGAGACCACCAUUACCAAAGGCAGGCAGACUGUGACUAUUAUCUUACAUUUCGGCUCGCCAGCAAACCUACAGCAAAGGCUUCUGGGAUUCAUGCGGCCUGAUGGUUCCAGCUCUCAGCAAGUGCAGCAGGAGCUCCAGAGGAAGUACCACACGGAGGCUCAAGCGUAUGAGAAAGCGUCUCUUCAGGCCAUGCAGCAGUUGGUUCAUCGCUCCUAUCAGACGCUGGCGCUCUGGAAGCUCCUGUGUGACCAUCAGUUCAGCCUCAUCAUCUCUGAGAUGCCCAAAGAGUUUCAGGACCAGAUUAAGGCUGUGAGUUUUAAGGAUGUGGUUGUUUCUGGACGCGAGCUGAGUGGCGCUCUCAUCACCGCCCUCAUUAACGUGUACAUCAAAGACAGCGCGUGUGUAGACACCGUCAGCACUCACCUGAGAGACAUCUGCCCUCUGCUGUACAGCAGCGACGACAGCAUCUGCCAGCUGACCCCUUAUGACUGGUUUUGUAGUGCAGGGUCACAUAUGCUAUUUACAUACCUCACUGUAUAUCUGCACAAUGACAAUCAAGUUGAAUCCAAUCUAAUCACAUCAGUGCGUUUCUAUGAGGGAGUGGUGGAGCUGUGUCUCACAGCCGCUGAUAAGAAAGACCCUCAGAAGCUGGGGCUGCACUUCUACAGGAACGGAGAGCCGGAGGAGGACUCCAGCGGCCAGCAGGCCUUCCAGGAGAGACUCUCCUGUUAUAAAUGCAUCACGGACACCAUGCAGGAGCUGGUGAACCAGAGCAAAGCGGCCCCUCAGUCUCCCAGCGUCCCUAAACAACCCGGACCCCCCGUCAUGACCUCUGACCCCAACAUGCUGAGCAACGAGGACGCUGCCGCUCAUUUUGAGCAGAUGCUGGGUCUCGCUCAGAGAUCUCAAGACGAGCUCUUCCACAUCGCUCUCUAUAACUGGCUCAUUCAGGCCGAUCUCACUGACAAACUCCUGGAGGUGAACUCGCCGUACCUCGAGGAUCAUCUGAUGCACAUGAUCAAACAGGACCAGAGUAAAGUGCGAAACAUGGACCUUCUGUGGCGAUACUACGAGAAGAACCGAAGCUUUGGCAAAGCGGCGCAUGUUCUGGCGCGGCUGGCUGACAUGCACAGCACGGAGAUCUCUCUGAAGCAGCGUCUGGAGUACAUCUCCAGAGCCAUCCUCUCCGCCAAGAGCUCGUCCUGUGUCUCUUCACUGGGAGCCGACGGAGAGUUUCUGCAUGAACUGGAGGAAAAGAUGGAGGUGGUGCGGAUUCAGGUGCAGAUCCAGGAAACGCUCCGCAGACAGUAUUCCCAGCAUCCCUCAGUGCAGGGAGCCAUUACACAACUCGACUCCGAGCUCAUGGACAUUACCAAGCUGUACGGCGAGUUUGCGGAUCACUUCCGGCUGUCGGAGUGUAAGCUGGCCAUCAUUCACUGCGCGGGGCAUUCGGACCCCAUCCUGGUGCACUCGCUGUGGCAGGAGAUCGUGGAGAAGGAGCUGAGCGACAGUGUGGCCAUGAGCCCGGCGGACCGCAUGAGAGCUCUGAGCCUGAAGCUCGUGUCGCUGGGGAAGUUAUACGCGGGAACACCUCGAUACUUCCCAUUAGAUUUCCUGGUGAAGUUUCUGGAACAGGAAGUGUGCCGGUUGAACUGGGACGUGGGUUUCGUCACCUUCACCAUGCAGGAGAUUGGAGUUCAGCUUCCACGACUGCUGGAGGUUUACGACCAACUCUUCAAGACACGGGACCCAUGUUGGCAGCGCCUUAAGAAACCCCUGCACCUGGUGGAGUGCAUCCAUGUGCUCCUGUCAGGAUAUGUGGAUGACCCCAGCCGAGUGCCCACCUAUGACAGACGGAGGUUUACUAACGCUUGUCUGGAUAACAUCUGCGGGUAUCUGGUGGAGCUGCAGUCCUUGAGUCCAAACGCGGCUCUGCAGGACAUUAUACGCAACUUUAAAUACCUUCAGGCCAAACUGGAGAAGCUCCAUUGAUGACAAUGAAGGACUUGCCAGCGGUCGUUUUGUUCUUGAUGUCGUUUAAUGGACAUCCCGAUACUACAGCAGCCUGACGCCUCUCAACGCACCAGGACUUCAGUCUUUAUAUUUACUGAAAAUGAAUAAUGUUCACUCGUCCAGCCAUGGAAAUGCCCAACAGACGGCCGAAAUAAACAUGUAUUUAUAUGUAUUCUUCAGUUUGCAUAAGUUCUUGUGGUCAUCAACGGAUAUGAAGGUGUGUAAUACAUGAUUUUAAUUUCUUAUUCAGUUAUAAUUAAUCAAUGGUGUCUGUAUGUGUUCAUAAACUGUCCGAGGAGGCACUUAUUCUAAAUGUUUUCUACUGCUGAAACACUGUCUGUGGUUGGUAACUUCCCCAUGGAUGCGUUUUUUUUGUUUACGUUUCUUGAUUGAGAUGUGGUGGUGGAUGGAUGGGAUGAAAGGAAACAUGCUCCUCGUGCGUUUUGUUCUAGUCGUCAGGUUCAACAGGGGAGACUUUUAUGAAAAGGACACAUUUUUAUGAAAGCCUGCAUCUUUUCAUCCACCUUGUAGUUUUGUGUAAUAUGUAUUGCAAAUGAUUUGAAAAUAAAAUAAUAAAAA